GUUGUUUUUAACAGACGCAGCGCCUUAUAUGAAGAAAGCAGCACGUCAUUUACAAGUAUUUUACACUAAAAUGGUGCAUGUAACGUGUCUUGCGCAUGCAUUACACCGAGUAGCAGAAGACAUUCGUUCACAUUUUCCUGUUGUUGAUGAUUUAGUGGCUAAUGUGAAAAAAAUUUUCCGAAAAUCCCCACAUCGCUUACAAAUAUUCAAAACACUUGAACCUGAUUUAGUAUUACCACCAGAACCAAUUCUAACUCACUGGGGAACAUGGAUUUUGGCAGCUAUAUAUUAUUGUGAACAUUUUGAGUCAAUUAAGCAUGUUGUCGAAUCGUUUGAUUCAAAUGAUAGCGUAGCAAUUAAAAAAGCUCAAGAUGUAUUGAAGUCUCAAACGCUGCAAGCAAAUUUGAUUUAUAUCAAAUCGAACUUUGAAUGUUUACCAACGGCCAUAAAACAACUUCAAGAGCAAAAAUUAUCAUUGUUUGAUUCAAUUAAAAUAACCGAAACAAUAAGUGGCAUAGUUAAGAAACUUCAAGGGCAACAUAGUGACAGUAUUAAAACUAAAUUAGAUUCAGUUCUAAAUAGUAAUUCCGGCUACAAAAUGAUUUGCAAAAUUUCCAAAAUAUUAUCCGGUGAAGAGGAAAGUAUGACAAAUCUAGGACUACCCGAAGACAUGACCCUUGAUGAUUUUUCGUAUUUUAAAUAUGCACAAAUCACCUCUACUGACGUUGAAAGGUCAUUUUCAAAAUACAAAAAUUUAGUCACAGAUAACCGUCGUUCAUUAAAGCUUGACAACAUUAAAAAAUCGCUGAUAGUACAAUGUAAUUUCUAAGGUAAA